AUGGGGGAUAAAGAGAAAGAAGGUAAAGCAUCUCCAGUAUUAGAUAAAGUAUUCUCACCAAAGAUUGAUGAGUCAUUAUACUCUAGACAGAUAUAUGUAAUGGGUAAUGAAGCCAUGAAGAGAAUGCUUUCUUCGCAUGUACUUGUGCUUGGCUUAAGGAAUGCAGGCUUAGAGUUAGUUAAAAACAUUGUAUUGGCAGGCAUUAAGACUGUCUCCAUAUAUGAUCCAACUCCCUUGCAGGCUGAGUAUUUAAGCACAUUAUUCUACUGCACUGAGUCAGACAUAGGGGACCGAAUUGACAAAUCAGCGGAGUACAAGCUGAAGGAGCUUAACACAAAUGUAAAGAUACAGAUAUUGCAAGAAUUGCCAAGUGAUGAAGACCUGCGGCAGUAUAGCGCAGUUAUUCUCAACGACCAUUCAAUUGCACAUCAAAUUCAGGUGAAUGAGGUGUGCAGGCAAUACAGCGUGCCCUUCAUAGCAGUGCAGUGUAGGGGGCUUUUCUUCCAGAUAUUUUGUGACUUUGGGGAUGCCUUUGUUACAAUGGAUACAAACGGAGAGGCGCCUUAUAUUGGGACGAUUAAGUCAGUCACACCCACAGGAAUAGUAAGCCUAGUGGAGGAAGAGAGGCACUCCUUGGAGGAUGGAGAUACAAUUCAGAUUAAAAGCAAAAAUGCAACGUAUACAGUUACAGACACAAAAGCCUUCACUUUUUCAUUAGAAAGAUAUUCAGGUGAAGAUCUUCUUGGUCAGACAUUUGAGCAAAUAAAACAGAAAAAGGUAAUCUCAUGCAAAUCGCUCAAAGAGUCAAUUGCGCAUCCAGAAAUCCAGUCGGAAGACAAGAUCUCUCACCUGCUCCACACGUGCUUUACGUUUGAGGGGGAAACAUCCUCACAUGACGAGACUAUUAAUGCGUAUUUGCAGAAAUAUCCAACAGAAAUAGAAAACGUCCCAAUUAUCACAGAGUUCUUCAGACAGCCAAAGACUACAAUUGCACCCAUUGCAUCUGUUGCAGGAGGAAUUGCAGCACACGAGGUACUCAAGGCAUGCAGCAGCAAGUUCACACCCCUCCACCAAUUCAUGUACUACAGCGCUCUGGAGCUCCUUCCACCAUUGAAGAGUGCCAAGGAGGCAGAGCAAAAGAGCCAUGCGUCUGAAGGUGAAAACAAUGCUAGUAAUAGCCCAGCUAAAGCAACUAGGUAUACUCCUCUUCUGCAAAUAUUUGGAGAGAGUGCAGUGCAGACUCUUUUUAAGGCUGGUAUAUUCAUAGUUGGAGCAGGUGCUAUAGGAUGCGAGCACAUCAAGAACAUCUCUAUGCUGGGGGUGGGCCAGAAUGGGUCAAUUGCAAUAACAGACAUGGAUGCAAUUGAAAGGUCAAAUUUAAAUAGACAGUUCCUCUUUAGGCCACAUGAUAUUUCAAAUAUGAAGUCUGUUGUGGCAGCCAGAGAGGCAGAGGCCUUAAACCCAACCAUCCACAAUAGAAUCAUUCAGUCAUACACAAGUAAGGUAGGGAAGGAAACAGAGUGCAUCUUUAACGAUGAAUUCUUUGGGAAGACAAACCUAAUCCUAAAUGCACUUGAUAAUGUUGAGGCCAGGCUGUACAUUGACAAUAGAUCAGUGUACCACAAGGUGGCUGUGAUUGAUUCAGGCACUCUUGGGUCAAAGGGCCAUACCCAGGCGAUUAUCCCACAUGUAACAGAGCACUACGGGAACAGCAAUGAUCCACAGGAGAAAUCCAUUCCUCUUUGCACCAUAAGAAACUUCCCCUACCUGCCAGUGCAUUGCGUAGAAUGGGCUCUUGCUGACUUCAAGACACUUUUCUUUGAAAGAAUAAUUGAAGCAAAAAGGUCGAUUUCAGAAGCUGGAGUGGAUGCGCUUUCUGAGGCAGCAUGUGAUCUCAUAAACAAUAUCCCAAUGUCACCCAAGGAGGCAGCUGGAUAUGCUGUGCGCCUGUUUGUUGAGCGGUUUAUUGUGGGGCCAAUGAAACUCUGUGAGUCAUUCCCCCGAGACCACAUAACAGAGGAAGGAACACCGUUCUGGGUGCCCCCAAAGAAGAUGCCCCGUGCUGAAGCCCUUUCUUUAACAGAUCCAUGGCACAUGGGAUACAUCAGAAGUACAUAUGACCUGGUGCUUCGAACAUUCUCUGUUGAAGGCAGCCUGUCAUUUGAAGGGGCCUUGCUGGAAUACUUCCAAGGGAAAAAUACGUCCAGUAGUGCAGAAGAAGGCAAUACCCCAGAUAUUUCUCAAAUUAAAAAUGAAGAUGUAUCUAGAGUCGUGGACAAGCUGCGCACUGAAAUGAUGGGCCGCGCAGACCCUGCAAGAGACACUUCUGGGGUUGAUCUCUCCUCUAUAAAGCUAGAAGAAGAAGAGUUUGAAAAGGACUCAGAAGUGAAUGGCCAUGUGGAGUACGUGGCGUGCGCCUCAAAUAUUCGAGCUAGAAUGUAUGGAAUAGACACAUUAGACCGCUUGGAAGUAAAGAGAAUAUCCGGCAGGAUUAUCCCAGCAAUUGCAACUACAACUGCAGUGGUCUCUGGGCUAGCAGUCAUUGAAGGAAUGAAGUACCUUCUGCACCAUAAAGCAGAAGAAGCCAAUUCAGAAGACUCCCGCCUAGAUAUAUACCGGAACACUUUUGUCUCGCUUGCUCUUCCUCUGGUCAUGAGCAGUGAGCCCAUCCAGCCCGUGAAAGAGAAAGUGCCUCUCCCAGCAGGCGAGAUCACGGUUGGCCCAUGGGACGUGAUUGAGAUGCAGGAUGCACCUCUCUCUGAAAUAAUGAAGACCCUAGGAAACCAGUGGGGCGUAGAAAUACACACAGUAAUGAGUGACUUAACUGUUUUAUACUGCUCUUUCUACAAUGUAGCCAAAUUCAAGGAGAAUUUAGACAAAAAGCCGUCCCAAAUUCUCUAUCCCUCCGGUGUGCCAAUGGGUGUGCAGUCUGUUAGAGUAGACAUGGUAGUGGAGGGAGAGGAUGGAAAUGACUUACCCGUCCCAUUCGUAAAGGUGUUGUUUAAAGGACAAGGCACCUCAUAA